CAUCUUGGCCGUUCGGUUUAGACCCCACAAAAUAUCAGAUAACACUUCUUGUAGCUAUUCAGGAAUAAUAAGUAGCGGAGUGGUCAUUUCAACCGUAUUUGGUUGAAAUAUCUUCAAAGCAUCAGCAUUGAAAAUUAGGAGAGAGAGACACAAGUGGACACAGAAAAUAAAACUAAAAUGACUAACCGUAUGGCUGCUUAGCCUGUCUUCGGUUUGAGACUAUACUUUUGCAGAGGAAUAUUUCCAGUGAAUUUCUUGCUUGCAGAAGCUGUGAUUAAUUGCUUGAGUGACAGACAUUUAUGUUGAGAUGUUCCACAAAAGACUGGUAUUGAGGAACAAGUUGUGAAAAGUAAUUGCUUGAACCAUUGUGCUUUGGACUCAAAAAAAAAAAAAAGCUGUGAAUUAAACAGACAUGAGUACAGCCAGAACAGAGAACCCAGUGAUUCUGGGACUGUCGAAUCAAAAUGGCCAAAUGAGAGGCUCUGUCAAGCCAGCAGGGGGGCCUCAAACAACACAGCCCACCCAGAUUAAAGCUUCCAGCACAAUCAACAAUGGCAACUCCCAGCCUGUACCCACAGCAAACACAGUCAUCAAACCUGGGGAUGACUGGAAGAAGAACUUGAAGCUUCCUCCGAAGGAUAUGCGAAUGAAAACCUCUGAUGUGACUGCUACCAAGGGGAAUGAAUUUGAAGAUUACUGCCUGAAACGGGAGUUGCUGAUGGGCAUUUUUGAAAUGGGCUGGGAGAAACCGUCACCUAUCCAGGAGGAGAGCAUUCCCAUUGCUUUGUCUGGGAGGGACAUUCUGGCUAGAGCCAAGAACGGCACAGGAAAGAGUGGCGCCUACCUCAUUCCCUUACUUGAACGCAUUGACUUGAAGAAGGACUGCAUACAAGCAUUGGUCAUUGUGCCCACCAGAGAACUGGCUCUGCAGGUCAGCCAAAUCUGCAUACAGGUCAGCAAACACAUGGGUGGGGUUAAGGUCAUGGCAACCACAGGUGGAACAAACCUCCGUGAUGACAUCAUGAGGCUUGAUGAGACAGUGCAUGUUGUUAUUGCGACACCUGGAAGAAUCUUAGAUCUGAUCAAAAAAGGGGUCGCUAAAGUUGGACAAGUACAGAUGAUCGUGUUGGACGAGGCAGAUAAGCUACUGUCUCAGGACUUUGUGCAGAUGAUGGAGGAGAUUCUGAGCUUCUUGCCCAAACAAAGGCAAAUUCUGCUGUACUCUGCAACCUUCCCUCUAAGUGUACAGAAGUUCAUGAAUGCUCAUCUGCAGAAGCCUUAUGAGAUUAAUCUUAUGGAGGAAUUAACCCUGAAGGGCGUGACCCAGUAUUACGCCUAUGUUACCGAAAGGCAGAAAGUCCAUUGCCUUAAUACUCUUUUCUCUAGGCUCCAGAUCAAUCAGUCUAUAAUCUUCUGCAACUCGUCUCAGCGAGUAGAGCUCCUGGCCAAGAAGAUAUCCCAGCUUGGUUAUUCCUGUUUCUACAUUCAUGCCAAGAUGAGACAGGAACACAGGAACCGUGUGUUCCAUGACUUCAGAAAUGGAUUGUGCCGAAAUCUUGUCUGCACAGAUCUUUUCACAAGAGGAAUUGACAUUCAAGCUGUGAAUGUGGUGAUCAACUUUGAUUUCCCCAAACUUGGGGAGACAUACCUUCAUCGUAUUGGCAGAUCUGGUCGUUUUGGACACUUGGGUCUGGCCAUUAAUCUGAUCACCUAUGAUGACCGCUUUAACCUGAAGGGCAUUGAGGAGCAGCUGGGCACUGAGAUCAAGCCCAUUCCUAGCAGCAUUGACAAGAGCUUGUAUGUGGCAGAGUAUCACAGUGAGAGCAGUGAGGAGGUGAAACCGUGAGCAGAACACCAGUCACACAUGUCCCCUGCUUUCAACUCCUACGCUUCCUUGCUGUCUUGGGGACUCCCCAACCCCCUUUUUUCCCCUCCCCUGGUUAGUCCCCAUUUUCCUAUAUUGGCUUUUUUUUUUCUUGGUUCUU